GAUCAAUGCAGGGUACUCUAAAUCGACUGUGACCGCUUUGACUGGAGAACAGAGAAUCGUAAUUACGCUAUCUUCGUGUCUAUUAACAGAAAGAAUCGUUUCACAACCGCGUCUUCGAAGAACAGCCUGAGGGGGGCCGCAGGGAUUGACAGAUAAAUCGCCUAAUCACUGAUGGCAAAUGCAGCCGCUGCGUCUUUGCCGACAUCUCCAUAGGGGAUUCGAGACAUGACCAGCCGUCUCCUCCCACGACCACCACCACGCGACGGCUCCCAGCCCUAGCUAUCCUCCCAACCUCCCAAUGUCUCUCUCACCAAGCCCCCCACGACUGCCCGCGAUGGAUAGCACCCUCGGCGCGAUGGAAGUCGGCGGAGUCGUAGGGACGUUUCUGUUCGGGAUCGAGACGCUCCAGACGUUCCACUAUUUCCGCCGGUUUUCGCAGGAUCCCGCCUAUUUGAAGUGGACGGUCGCUCUAUUGUGGUUUCUCGAGCUGGGACACUCCAUUACGACAUGGCACUUGCUUUACUCACUCACCGUGACCUUUUACGGGCAGCCGCAGCACAUCCAGACACCACCGAUCUCCCUCCCGCUCACGAUCCUAUUCUCGGCCCCGCUGUACUUCAUUGUGCAGUUCUUCUUCGCCAACCGCGUGCGACUGCUCUCCGGCCGCUGGUUCAUGACCAUCGUCUGCUGGAGCCUGACGACAAUCCGGUUCGGGUGCACGUUCGCCAUGAUGGGCGUCGUGCUCAACAUCUCGAGUCUCGGCGAGCUGGAGGCGCACUACCAGUGGCUCAUGGCGCUCGGUCUGUCGCUUGGGGUCGGCGUCGAUGUCCUAGUCGCGGGAAGCAUGUGCUGGUGUCUCUGGCGUCUCAGGAGCGACGGGGUUGUCAGUACGAGAAAGGUCGUGGAUAAGCUUAUCCUAUGGACCCUUGAAUCCGGGAUCGCGACAGGCGGCACGAGUAUCGGACUGCUUGCUUUCUUCUUCGCCCGCAGCGAUCUUAGCUGGUUUCCGUUCUAUCUCAUCCUGGGCAAACUGUUCUCAAACUCGAUGUUGGCCGCGCUCAACGGGCGAUCGCAUCUCCGACAGCUUGACCGUAGGACAGAGCCGAGCACCAAGUCAGGGUCUGCUUUGCACAUGCCGGUGUCGAGUGGGCAAAUGGAGUUCCUCACUCCGGGAGCGUCGAUGUUCGGCACAACGAACGAGAGCUCGGAUUACACCGAGGAGAACAAGGAUCCGCGAGAGUUGCAUCGGUAUCCUCAAUGAGUAUAUGUAUCUAUUUCCUUCAGCGCAAGUCCGACCACGAUCGAUGACUUGUUAUGUACAUACUAUCUGCCGUUCCACCACUUUCUCCAAUUGCAGUGAUUUGUCUUUUGCGUCCUGCCAAAUAUCGCACAGCC